UAUAUGUGACAUCGAUUUCUGUGUUGGACUGAGGAUGUCCUUGUAGCUUAAUAUGUAUAUUCCAUUUUUAUAAUAUCCAGCGUCACUGUGUAAAAGGAGCUAUAUAUGCGUGACUGCCCUCCCCAGCUGCUCUCAAUCCUGGUUCGCUCUUCUAAAAACCUCGUUGAGCGCAUGCGUCCUGCUGACUCGCAGCAAUCCGCUGGAAGGAGUAGAUUGCAACUACGCUUGCUGCUAUGAACUGAGGGAGAAAUACAGACAUGGAAAAAUAGAAAUACAAUGCAAUGAAACCACAUCGGUGCACAGGCAUACAGUACCCGUCAUGGAUCUGCGCAGUGGGGAGACUUGUGUUUCUGAAGCGGCGAGAGGGUCGAAGUAAGGGUGUCUCAUAAUAUUAGCUAGUCAGCUAAUGUUCAGCAUCCUGUACGAUGGAACUGUGAGAGGAAAGUCCGAAGCUCGAGCGGGCAGAAGAAAGCAAAUUGGAAUAAUAAACAGAACACGGACAAAUAAGCCAUUAUUUAAAAGUACUUGUGCUUAUUUUCACAUUUCUUUAUUAUAUUUUUUCCCGUGUAGCCUAUUUUACUGGCUCACGAGUUUCGGGAAAGUGGAAGACUGCAUGCAGAACAGAGAGAAUGGUUUCUUCAGUAUCCGACCCAAAAUGUAACGUCGCCCCUGGAGUGGGCUACCGCUAAUUAUAUGUGAUUGACGGUGGGUGAGCUUCUAAAACGUGCAAAGUGAUUCAUACCGCGUAACGCAAUACCCAUGUAGCAAUUGAAUGUUGCCAAUAUCGUAAACAAAGACGCUAUAGAGUGUUUUAAUGAUUGACAACGGCAGAGAGAAUAUUCAUGAUUUAAAACGGAUUGCCAAAAACUUAAGAGCGGUCGUAGGCUUGUUUGACAUAAAGAAACAAAAGUGUAUAUUCUAAUUAAAUAAGGGUCAAUAUAGCAUAAAAUGUGGAUUACUUGUGAGGCUUAUUUAAAAUACGCGAGUAGGCUAUUAAAUAGCGCAUUUCACGCGCCAAUUCGAUGCAGCAGCCAGUGUGUACCCAACAGUAGUAAUCGGCGAGUUUAUUAUAUCCCGCACUGUGCUUUUGAGUUGACACAUGGGUAUUUCCCCACACACGAGUUGGUCUUGUGAAGUGGAUAAAACUGAAAUAAAGUCGUGCGUUUAAAGAUGGAGAACGGAGAGGUCUCACCUGCUAUCUACACGCGACCCCGGUCUUUAUCUGUGCCUCAGGACAAAGUGUCUAUUUUUAUCUGCGCUGUUCAUGAAGUGUCCUCUAUGUUUGUCGCUCAGUGCUGAAACAUCUCAGUCGACACUAUUAUAAUCAUAAACAGUAGCCUGUGUUUACGUUUUGCUUUUGAUUGUGUUCUAAUGCUGUCACUUGGCGUUAUUGGAGCGGAUGGUCCUCAGGGGCAUGGUGUAAUAGGACAAGGACUCCCUAACAUGAUUGCUUCAGUCCAAGGCUGAAAUUACUACUGAAAUGAGACUGUCAUUUGAAUGAGAUUCGCUAAUGCUCUGCGGCAGCUGUACAACGGUGCAAAAUCCGGAAGGUGAGCUUCUAAACGCUUGUAUCAUAACGCAAAUGUAGCAGCAUUGUUUGGGAAAGGAACAUCGUCGUUAUUUCAGACGGAAUGUGCAAGGGAUCUACAAUCUAUACCGAGAUUAAAUUGGAUCCAGUCUGAAAAUAAAAACAAAACUUUGGACAUCAUUUUAAAAUGUAAAUGUAGACGUUUUAGGCAUGUUUUGGUUUGACAAUUGAUGAGAGGCAGCUCUUUUUAGAUUAAUUGUAACCCGUCUACUGUCAGAAACUUGAUUUUAUGAAAAUGCCAGUUUUUCUAUUCUCCGGCUGUUUUCAUUAAUUUAUUUUUACGUAUUCAUAACAGUAACCCAACAUUUUCCAGUGUGUACACAUGUCCUCUCCGUCUUGCAGUAAUCGUAGUUAAGUGCACUUUGGGUUCAUGUAGCAUGUACAGCUAUGUGGAACUUCGAGCUCACUGCUGCCCUUACAGUCUCUGCUAACGCUGACGAGCUAUGAGAAGUGAAGUAAAGGCCAGCUCGGGAGGACAACGUGCACUUUCUCUGGGAUUGAAAACGCAAGGGGAAGGAUUGAUAUUCUCUUUGAAAGCUUGCUGGAGGCAUCUCUGCAUCACCAGAUUGGAAGCUCUGCUUUCGUGGUACAUUUGUGGGUAGUAGGACAUUCACCACAGUGGAGGCAGAGAUCGCACUCACACACCAAACUGGACUUUUUAAAUGUAGGCAAAGAAGAUUAUCCAAUGGGGCUUCAGAAUUACGAGCAAGUCUAAUGAUGCACUUUGGGACCUUUAAUGAACUUUUUAGGCACCAUAACAGAUGGAGAACAAGCAAACAAAGGAAGGGUAUUUUUAAUUCCUGGCCAUUCUGGACUGUAACAAGAUUUUACCAAAGGACUAGGAUUUAAUGAUCAGUAAUCCUGCCUGGACCCUGCUACCCUGAUCCUGUCAGUCUGAAGUCCAACACAACAGAACCACAGUCGAUUCUGUUUAACCCCAUGAUCUAUUGGUGUCUGUUCUUGUGUAGGGCAGAUUGAAGAGGCUUAAGUUGUGUGGAUUGAACGCGAGUAAAGCUACACCUGUAACCUUUCAUAGUGCAAACUUGCUGUUGUAGUUGGCCUCCUCGUGGGUAGUUCCCCCAAAUUCGAGGCAAUGGUUCGAUAUCUUCCUGUCAUGGAUAAGCAGUUUAUCUCUGGGGGUCUCUGGAAGGCAGCUACACUGAAAUGACUGGACUGAACUCUGACAUCAGCUAAUGUGGAGUUCUGGUACGGAGCUGUGCUGCUUCACAGCAGAAGGUAUUAAAGGAUAAAAGUGGCUUUUUCCCUCUUCAGGGUGGAAGGUUUGGCUUCAGCUGUCCCAAUAUUUUUUUUUAUUUUUUAUUUUUUUACUUUGUCAAAGAACAAAGACAUUCAAAACUAGACUUCCUUGUUUGGUGAAACACCUAUCCCGGCCUUGAACUUUAAUCGCGUUUAGAUAACAGGUGCUUUGAAUGAUUUUUUUUUCCUUUGAUUUAUUUGUUGUUGGAAUUUUUGGUGAUAGCGUUCACCAGGCACGGAAGGGAGUCCUUUCUGUGGCAUUGCCAGAGGAAUCUGUUCCAUUGGAAAUGCAGCGUCUGUGGAGUCAGAUCUUUCUGAGCCUUAGCGUGUCUGAGGAUAGAUGAACAGGCUUGCUUCUCUGUCACCUGGGAUCUCUCACUCUCCAGACCUUCUGUAUGUGUGAGGCUGCUGUCAGAAGUGCAUUAGUAGUGCUUUCCCCGGAGAGACAGAGGCUAGAAGCAGGCUACCCCCAGGGCCGGCUCUGAAACCCCCGUGACCCAGGAAGGGCGAUGGGGAGCUCGGCGUCUUCUCUCACCGCAGAGACCGAGUCGGAUCACGGGUUCCGCAGCACCCCCUACCCGUCGUCGCCCCCUAUGGGCUGGCUCAGGAACAGCCACAGCAGCCCAGUGUGGGGGACCACCUUCAUUUCCCGGCAACAGCAGGCUCCCAUCCCGCACCGCGAGCGCAGUCACUCCCACUCCCCAGGCUCCAUGGCGACGGCAGCGCGGGGCGGGGAGUGGUCGUGCGGCCGCUGCACCUUCCUGAACGCCGGCGCCGCCCCGCGCUGCUCCAUCUGCGAGGCGCCGCGGCAGAAGCCCGACCUCAACCAGAUCCUGCGCCUGAGCAGCACGGAGGAGCGCCGCUGGGCCUGCCCCCGCUGCACCGCCGGCAACCAGCAGGGGGCGGGCGCCUGCUCCGUCUGCGGCUUUGGGCCCUCCCCCGGCACGCCGGCCGCCAACGGGCUCCUCCUCCUCCCCCCGCCGCCGCCGCCGCCGCCGCCGGCCCCCGAGCCGCCCGCGCCCCCCGCCGUGCCCCCCGUCCCCUCGGCCGCCUCCCUGGCCGUGCUCCUGGAGCCGCGCGGCCAGCAGCCCCCCCGGGAGGACCCGCGGAGGGCGGAGAGCAACGGGGACGCCUGCGCCCCCGACCCGCAGUCGGGCUGGGCCUGCCCGCGCUGCACCCUCCACAACACCCCCGUGGCCCUGUCCUGCUCCGCCUGCGGGGGGCCCCGUAAGCUCUCGCUGCCCAAGAUCCCCCCCGAGGCCCUGGUGGUGCCGGAGGUGCGGACGCCCGUGGCGGGGUUCCCCGUCCACUCCGCCGCCGGCGCCGCCCCUCUCCUGAUCGACCUGACGGAGGAUUCGCCCCCUCCCCCUUCGGAACCCCCGGAGCCCCCCCGCGCCCCCUCCCAGCCCCCGUCCUCCCCGUUCGGGCCCCUCUCCUCCCUGCAGAACAACCCGGUGCCCCGCAGCCGGCGGGAGGUCCCCCCGCCGGGACGGCCCCCCAACCCCGCCCCCAGCCCCACCUCCCCGUCCACGGCGGGCGGCCCCGCCCCCUGCCCCCCGCGGCCCCCCAAACCCAAGCACCCCCAGCCGCAGCCGCAGGAGCCCCUCCCCAGCAAGCGGCUGAGCGUCCUGGAGGAGGAGGAGCCGCCCCGCCCCCUGCCGCUGACCCCGCCCCCCUCCUGGAAGUGCCCCGGCUGCUCCCUGCCGCCGCUGGGCGGGGCCUCCAGGUGCGAGGCGUGCCGCUCGCCCCGCGGCGACCUCAUCGACCUGGCGGGGGAGUCGGUGCGCUUCACCCCGUCCGGCCCGUCCAGCCCGGACUUCAGCGCCUGGGCCUGCGCCAAGUGCACCCUGCGCAACCCCACGGGGGCGCCCAAGUGCAGCGCCUGCGGCUGCUCCAAGCUGCACGGCUUCCAGGAGCAGCAGCCCCCCCGCUGCUCGCAGUGCGCCGCCGCGCCCGGCUGCUGCUCCUGCCCCUGCUACGCCGUCAAGGAGCGGGCCCGCAAGCAGGCCCGGGUCUUCCCCUCGCCCUCCGGCCCCGGGGCGCCCCCGGGGGCCCUCCCGGGACUCCCGGAGAAGGCCGGCCAGUGGGCGUGCCCCGCCUGCACCCUGCUGAACGACGUGAAGGCCAAGCACUGCGCGGCCUGCCACACGCCCCAGCACUACCUGGCCCUGCGCAAGGUGGCCAAGCCGCUCAAGCGGCGCGAGAGCGUGCACGUGGAGGCCCGCCGCCGCACCGACGAGGGCGAGGCCAAGGAGCUGUGGGAGAACAUUGUCAGCUUCUGCAGGGAGAACGCGGUGAACUUUGUGGACGACAGCUUCCCGCCCGGGCCGCGAUCGGUGGGCUUCCCGGAGGGAGACAGCGUGCAGCAGCGCGUGAAGAAGUGGCUCCGCCCCCACGAGAUCAACUGCAACAACUUCAAGGACCGCGGCGUCAAGUGGUCCGUCUUCCGCACCCCCCGGCCCUCCGACAUCCUGCAGGGCCUGCUGGGAAACUGCGGGAGCUGCGUAGCGGUCUGCGGCUCGCUGGUGUUCCUGAGCGCCCUGGCGGUGCUGGCGGAGCGGCCCGAGCUGGUGGAGCGGGUGAUGAUCACGCGGGCCAUCUGCCAGGAGGGGGCGUACCAGGUGCGGCUCUGCAAGGACGGAACCUGGAUCACUGUGCUGGUGGACGACAUGCUGCCCUGCGACGAGUACGGCUACCUGCUCUUCUCCCAGGCCCAGAGGAAGCAGCUGUGGGUGGCCCUGAUCGAGAAGGCGCUGGCCAAGCUGCACGGCUCCUACUUCGCCCUGCAGGCGGGCCGCGCCAUCGAGGGGCUGGCCACGCUCACCGGCGCCCCCUGCGACUCGCUCAUGCUGCAGGUCAGCUCCACCAACCCGCGCGAGGAGCCCAUCGACACCGACCUCAUCUGGGCCAAGAUGCUCAGCUCCAAGGAGGCAGGGUUCUUGAUGGGGGCGUCCUGUGGCGGAGGCAACAUGAAGGUGGAUGAUUUGAUGUAUGAGUCACUGGGUCUGCGCCCCCGACACGCCUACUCCAUCUUGGACGUUCGAGAUGUUCAGGGCUACAGGCUGCUCCGGCUGCGUAACCCGUGGGGCCGCUUCUCCUGGAACGGCAGCUGGUCGGACGAGUGGCCCGACUGGCCGCAGCACCUGCGCCACGAGCUGAUGGCCCACGGCAGCAGCGAGGGCGUCUUCUGGAUGGAGUACGGCGACUUCAUCAAGUACUUUGACUCGGUGGACAUCUGUAAGAUCCACUCGGACUGGCAGGAGGUGCGCCUGCAGGGCUGCUUCCCCAGCCGGGCCAGCGGGCCGGUCACCGUGACGGCGCUGACGGUGCUGGAGAGGACGGCGCUGGAGUUCGCCCUCUUCCAGGAGGGCGGCAGGCGCUCGGACACGGCGGACAGCCACCUGCUGGACCUGUGCAUCAUGGUGUUCCGCGCGUCCUUCGGCAGCGGCAGCAAGCUGGCGCUGGGCCGGCUGCUCUCCCACAGCAAGCGCGCGGUCAAGAAGUUCGUGGGCUGCGACGUGAUGCUGGAGCCGGGGGAGUACGCCGUGGUCUGCUGCGCCUUCAACCACUGGCACAUGGGCACUGGAGCCGCCCUCACCCCCGUGUCCAGUCCCACCAGCAGUGGGCGCCCCAGCCAGGACAUCCCCGGGUACAUUCUGGCGAUCUACAGCUCCCGGCAGGUGAUGGUGGAGCAGGUGGAGGCCAUGGCAACCACUCUGGCAGACGCCAUUAUCCUACUGACUGAGAACAAGGGUGAAAGGCACGAGGGCAGAGAGGGCAUGACAUGUUACUACCUGACCCACGGGUGGGCGGGGCUCAUUGUAGUGGUGGAAAACCGCCACCCCAAGUACUACCUCCACGUAUCGUGUGACUGCACGGACAGCUUCAACGUUGUGUCCACGCGCGGAAGCUUGAAGACCAUUGACAGCGUUCCGCCCUUACACAGGCAGGUGCUGGUGGUCCUGUCUCAGCUGGAGGGCAACGCCGGCUUCUCCAUCACGCCCCAAGGCGCACCCAAGGCCGCCAGAGCCGCUGGGGACUGGCCGCCCCUAACGGCCACCCACGCCCUCGCCACCCCCGACAUCGAGGCUGCAGCCCACUGCCCGCCCUUCGGGGCCACCGCCGCCAGAGGAGGUGUCGGCGCCUCCGUUUCUCCUCCUGUCUAUUUUUUCACCGCGGGAGAACUCGUUUACCAGCGCCCCGCCCCGUCUGCGCGCCUCACCCUAGCCGUGACCCCUCCCCCUCGCUCCGGGCCAAUCAGACGCGAGCAGCGGUACGGCAGCCGCGUGUCCUGA